GCAUCAUCAUCGUCGUCGUAUCCAAAGAUGGGACUUCUUGUAUGGUAUUUGGGUAAGCUCGAGUCUCGUCCUCUGCUCACUAAAAGCGUCACUGCCUCAUUUAUUUUCGCCGCUGCUGACUUGACCUCCCAGACGAUUACAAUGCCAUCUUUUGGUUCCUUUGACUUUCUAAGGACAUUGCGUAUGGCUGGAUACAGGAUGCUUAUUUUAGGGCCAGCACAGCAUGUGGUAUAAUUUCAUGGGAAGAGUCCGACCAAAGCGUGAUGUAGUCACUACCUUGAGGACACUUAUUGUGGGGCAGCUUACUUAUGGACCUACUGUCAAUGCUAUUUCCUUCUUCAAUGCGGCUCUACAAGCUGGUGAACCAGGGAGUGGAAUCUUCAUUAGUGGAGAAACUGAAAUAUGAGAUUGAAGAACUCUACAAGCUCCCUAUGGAAGAGAAAAUGAAACAUAAGAUGAGGCCUGGUGAUGUUGAAAGGAAUACCUUGGAAUCAUACUUUUCUGAGUUGCAAAAACUUUCCAAAACACUUCUUGGGUUGAUGGCAAAGGCUAUACAGAUUGAUGAGGAAGAGGUAGAAGAGAUGUUUGAAUAUGGGAUGCAAUCAGUGAGGAUGACUUACUAUCCACCAUGUCCAAAACCAGAGCUGGUUGUUGGCUUUACACCGCACUCGGAUGCUUCUGGCAACACCAUCCUUCUCCAAGUCAAUGGAGUGGAAGGCCUCCAAGUUAGAAAAGAUGGAUUUUGGAUCCCUACAAACUUCCUUCCUAGUGCCUUUAUGGUGAAGGUAGGAGACUUUCUAGAGAUCUUUAGCAAUGGUGUCUAUCGCAACAUUGAGCACAGGGUGACAGUAAAUCCAUUGAAAGGGAGGAUCUCUAUUGCUAUGUUUUUCAAUCCCAACUUCCAAGCAAAGGUCGGACCUACAGUUCGUACUAUAACCCCAGAAAACCCACCAUUGUUCAAAAGGGUGGAGAUGGAGAAGUGUGUCAAAGAUUUCUACUCCCAUAAGCUCAAUGGAAAGUCAUUCUUAGGGCGAAUGCAAAUUGAAAUUGAUGGUGAUCAUGAACUUGGUCAACAAAUAAAAUGGUGUAAUAUAUUGAGGUUUGAAGUUAAAUUUUAUAAAAUUGUGUCUUGUUUAAUGUUGUUAUAAAUAAAAUGGUGUGAUCGAUUUAUAUUAUGGUUUGAAGUUAAAUCUUGUAAAUGGUAGUAUGGUACCUCCUGUAUGUAAUGUUAUACUAGUCUCUGUCCUCCUA